GCAGUCUAGUGUGAAAAAUCUAGAGAGAGAUUUGCUCCUUUGAUUGACUUUUCUGGCUUUUGCUUCAAAGUUGAACUCGUCAACUGGUCAACGGGAGAUUGAGAGCUGAUAUGCAUGCUUAAGCUGUUAAAGUGCUUUAUACGACCCAUCCAUUCAAGCCGACAGAAUGACUGAUUCUGCAUACAAAUUCCCAGAAAGACGAUCACAGUCUGGAUCAGCAGAGCGAAACAGCAAGCCAAUCGCAGAUACGCUGUGUCCUCUUCUAAGCAAGUGGUUUAGCACAAUUCAAAGAGAUGCAAGACUACUGGAGAUCGGAUCAGGAGAAGGAGAGCAAUUGGCAGCAAUCGUGAAAGGAUUACAACAAAAGAACGAUCAUAGCCACAAGAUAACAAUUCAGCCCACUGAGGCUGAUCCUCAAGGUUGUGAAGAUGUUGAUAAGAGAUGCAAUGAUCUCAAUAGCGAGCACAUAUGCAUAAAUGCAUGUCACUGCCUAGACAUCGAUCGAGAAGAAGAUUGGAAACUGCUGGCAGGUGAUGGGUUUGAUGUCGUAAUGCUCUUCAACAUUGUCCAUAUCAUCCCUUUUCUUACUGUUCAGAAUUUAUUCAAGCAUUUCGGUAAUCAGUCCCCUUCUGUGCUCAACCCUACACAAGGCAGGAUCAUCUUGUAUGGCGCAUUUGACGAAGAAGGAAAGACACGAAGCGAAGGAAACGAAAAGUUUGACGUCUAUUUGAAGCAGAAAGACAAUCGGUUUGGUUUGCGAAACAUACAAACCGACCUAGAACCUCUUGCGAAACAAUCCAGUCUGUUUCUGGAAGAGAAGAUUGAGAUGCCAAGUGGAAACGUGAGUGUUGAUGAUGCAAAAGAGAACGAGUGUGAAUGCUGACAGUCUUUUCGUUUCUAUCCGGUUCCACGAAGCUACUGCUCAUCUUCAAUCGCGGGAAAUCGGAAUCGAUAAAAUGAGAUGAAUGAAUGCAUUGUAUUAUGCUGUGUCUGUUACCGAUUGGCCGAUGAAGAACAAUAGCAUCAUACAUAUACCCGAGAGUAAUCUAUGGAUGAUCUUGCACGACAAUUGUAUUCAUACUUGCCUUCAAUAGAAGCGUGCCUGAGCCUGUCAAGCGUGCCUGGUCGGUCAAAUUCACUCUUGGCAUGUUAUUUUUCUCCGCUCUCUCCUUUUAGCGUAAAUGCCAUUCUAAGCUAGAA